ACAUUCCAUGGUAAUACGUCAUCAACCUGCGCCCGUUGUUGAAGAUGGCGUCGGUCGAUUUAAGAGAUAACCUGCUAGGCAUUUCGUGGGUAGACAGUGGCUGGGUGCCCAUCCUGAACCCCAGCAAUGUAGUGGAGUAUUUUUCUGAGAGGAGCAACCCUUUCUAUGAUCGCACCUGCAAUAACGAGGUGGUGAAGAUGCAGAGAUCAACACUGGAUCAUCUCAAUCAGAUGGUGGGUGUAGAAUAUAUUUUGCUUCAUGCUCAGGAGCCAAUUCUGUACAUCAUAAGAAAGCAACAAAGACAGUCGCCAACACAAGUGAUCCCCCUUGCUGACUACUACAUCAUAGCUGGAGUGGUGUAUCAGGCACCUGACCUCGGAUCAGUCAUCAAUUCAAGAGCACUCUCGGCAGUUCAUGGGAUCCAAUCAGCGUUUGAUGAGGCAAUGUCCUUCUGCAGGUAUCACCCAUCCAAAGGCUACUCGUGGCAUUUUAAAGACCAGGAGGAGAAAGAGAGGGUAAAGCCUAAAACAAAGCGGAAAGAAGAGCCCAGUUCAUUGUUCCAGAGGCAAAGAGUUGACACGCUGCUAUUGGACUUACGCAAUAAAUUUCCCCCGACUUAUUAUCAGCCAAAACCAGGAGAGAAGCCUGUCCCAGUGGAGGUGAAGAAAGAGCCAGAGGUGCCACAGGAGACCGUAAAGCCACAAGAAGAGAGAGAGACAAAACCUCCAGCCCCACCUGGACCUGCCAGGCCAGCCCCACCUACACCCAACAAACCACCACCUGAGAAACGUGCUCGUCUACAGUGAAUUAAACUCACACUUGAUACUUCAUUAAGUUACCUGCAACACUGAUUCAGUGUUUGAAGUACUGCAUCAAACAACAUCUCAGGACUGUGUUUUGGUUACUGUAUAUCAAUUUGUACGUUUUUGUAAUAAGGAAAAAUAAUUUUCUGUAUUAUAGUGACUGCAUUUCACUGUUACUGAGCUCAAUCUGAUAGAAGCUGACAUUUCAUUUGGAAAUGAAAAUGAAAAGUGAUCUGUCUUUCUAUGUCUUAUUUGUUUUCAUGUAUAUGCUGUACAGCCCGUUUACUGAUCAUUAAAGCCCAAUAUUUGCA